AUGGAGAGGGCAUCCGAGAGUGGUCAACAGCAGUCAAUGGAACUACUGCACGAAUUGAGUCAAUUGAUGCAAACCGGAUUAUCAAGAGAACAAUUACGGAUAUGCAUAGAUCUGAUUCAAACGGGUGAAGAUCCAAAAGCCAUAGCAAUCGCCAUCAAAGAGCUACGGCAUAGAGAGGCUACUUCUAAUCGACAGGCCAUUUGA